AUGAUGGAGGUGGAUACCUUAACAGACUGUGAUAGGAAAUGCAAGAGACCAAAGGGGAUGGUGGGAGAUGCUAACAACGAGAGGAGGUAUAGGGAAAGGUGGAGUAAAGCAUUUGAAGAUUACCUUAGCCUAAGCAAAAAAGACGGGUGGUACCUGAAGAAAAUAAAAGAUCUUCAAGAAAAGAUGUGGACCAGCAGGAGCAGGAAAAUUAUCUACAAAAUCAGAAAGGUCAGCAAUUGCUUUGAGGUGUGCGUGGUAAUAAAUGAGUUGAUUACCAUUAUUUUGGCUGGAAUAUUCUUUACAAGGAUUUUGAAUCAAGGAUGUAAAGUAUCAUGUAUUUCCUCCUCUUAAAAAACCUUUGGGCCAAUUUAAGCACUCCAUGUAACACCGUGAAAACAAAACUUGGACAAAGUAGUAAAUUACCUUAUAAUAAAUCUACAACAACAACAACAUCUUUAUUUGCACUCUACAUUGAUUUACACUUAAAAACAUACUAUUAAAGAUAGAGAGAGUACUGGCUGCCCAUAAUAGCCAUUGACGGCUAAAAAGAUAGGGCAACCUUACUUAGGUCAUUAAUAAAUGAUUUUAUAAACGGUCGCGUACACCAGGUACACACAGCUACACAAAACACGCACACAAAAAAAAACAGAAAAAAGCUAGUGAAUAAGUAAAGACAAAAAGGGAAGACAGAAAAAAAUAUAUUGUUGAAUGAGAAUUGACUUUAGCAUAUUCUUAAAACGUUUGGGAGGAAGUAGCUUGAUGUAAUGUCUUAAAUAAAGAAAAAAAGACUUUACUCGCAGUCAUUUCCAGAGCUACUCUUAAAGCACAAGAAAUUGUAACUCAGCAAUGACAUCUUUUUACCAGCAAAAGCUCGUUAACAGAGUCCAGAAACUGCAUUGUGCCCCUGUAACUGAUAAAUGGUGGGAAAAUUUUAGAAAGGAACUGUGGGCCCAAUUUGCCAAUGACAAUCUUACUGUUUGCAGCGAUUUUUUUGUUACUUUGACCAUAAUAAUGCACCUUUUUUUUUUUACUGUUUGUAGCGAUGGCCAGUGUGACUCUCCUUCGCCAAAAGCCUCUGCUGCUACGAAAUGGAGAUGAGGAGUGGCUAUGUUAUUGA